GAGACAAUGUUUUGUUAUGUGCUGUUACCACCUGAGGGUGACUUAACACGCAGUUAGCUGUUCUCAGACGAUCCUCUUCUUAGUUUUGAGUAAAAUCAAAUAUUAUACAUACAUAUAUCAUACAACCGCAGCAAUGAUCUGUGUUUCCCGGUUUCUUCGUAUGAAUCAAGGGGGCUUAGCUCUACAUAUACGGAGAUGCCUAUCCUCCCAAACAGACGGAGAGGGUCGCAUUGCUCGGAUACUAAAGGAGAAAUUUCCCUUGGCGUCUUCUCUGAAAGUUCUGGAUAUAUCGGGUGGUUGUGGUGCCAUGUAUGAGGUACACAUAGAGUCCAAUGAGUUUAAAGGGAAAAGGAUCAUUCAACAACACCAGCUAGUCAACCAGGCUCUAAAGGAUGAAAUUGCAGGAAUGCAUGGAUUAAGAAUAUUUACAGACGUCCCUCAACCUUAGAAUCAGCCAUCUUCCCAUCUCCCCCACAAACCCAGUGUAAAUUGAAAUGUACAAUUGUAAUAUGUAUAUUUAUAAUUUAACAACCACUAUGGUGGUAAUUACAAACUAUAAUUAAAUAUUGUAACAUUA